UGUGCCUGUCCGCUCCGGCGCACUCCGGCGCAGCAACAUGGUGGCGGCCGUAGCCCGGGGAGUGUUGAUGUGAAGAGGCUUCCCCGUCGACGGCAUCGGUAGCGACGUGACGCCCCGCGGUCCGCGCGAGGACGACAGGUAGACGACGCGACGGUCCGCGCGAGAAGCAUGUCCCAGUAUGUCCGCUGAUCCCGAGCGCGGCGUGAGCGCGAGCGGCAGCCAGGAGUAAAAGGGGAAACGGUUAACGUCACGCGCGUCCGUGACAAUCGGCGAGAGGUAGGCUCCGCACACAGUGCCCGCACACGAGGAGACCCCGCCGUUGCGUCGCGAAACGAUGAUAUCGAUUGAUUCCUCGAUGACGGGCGAGCGGCAGAGCCGCGGCGACGUUGCGCGAGUCGCCUCGUUGAUGAAACACGCCUUCCUGCUGCUGAGCCUCGUCGCGGUCCUCCAGUCGACACCGUCGGCGAUCGCCAGCGAAUCCCUGGGUGAUCCGUACAAGAUACUGGGCGUGUCGAGGCACGCGACGGUGCAGGACAUCCGGAAGGCGUACAAGCACCUCGUCAAGGAAUGGCAUCCAGAUAAAACUGAUCAUCCGAUGGCUGAGGAUAAGUUUGUAGAAAUAACAAAAGCUUACGAGCUUUUGACAGAUCCGGAAAGAAGGAGGAAGUUUGAUUAUCAUGGAAUCACGGAGGAAAGUAUCUCCAGGCAAAGGAGAGACGACAGUCACUUCAAUGUUCUCGAUCCAUGGGAAGAAUUGUUUACCGGCAAUUUUAAGUUCCAGUAUCAAAAGAGAGACAUUACGCUGUUCCAUAAAAUGAGCAUCACAUAUCGAUCGUUCGAGAACGUGAUAGUACCCAAGACUUACCGUAUGCCGUAUUUGAUCUUGUUUUACUCCGACUGGUGCUUCAUGUGUCUGCAAGCAGAGUCUACUUGGAGGCGAUUGAUCGACGAGUUGGAACCGUUGGGACUCGGCUUGGUUACGGCGCACGCCAACAAGGAGCCCACUUUGGCGAGAAGACUCGGUAUUCAUUCUGUUCCCUGUCUCGUCGUUACCGUGGACGGUCGUACUAGUGUCUUCAAAGAAUCUCUGUUUAGCAUUCAGAAGGUUGUCGAAUUUGUACGAAAUAGACUACCGUAUAAAUUAAUAAGUACUAUUAGUGAUACCAACGUAGACAAUUUCCUGUCGGGCUGGACGGAUAAUCGAAUACGCGCUUUGAUAUUUGAGAAGAGAGACUUUAUCCGCUUGCGAUAUUUGCUUACGUCUUUUUACCACAGAGAUCGAGUAGCUUUCGGCUUUGUCCAGAUUGGCAUACCGGAGACUGAGAACAUAACGUCAAAAUACAAAAUCUCUGGAGAACUAGAUACCUUACUGCUCUUCAACGAGAAUUCUGAGAAACCUAUGGCGUCUGUUAGUAUGAAGGACAUUUCCAGCGAAACCAUGCAUAAUGUUAUCGCUAACAACAAGUUCCUCGUAUUACCGAGACUUUCAAAUCAAGCUAUGUUGGAUUCUAUAUGCCCGCCUGAAUGGCUGAGGCCGCAGAAGCGACUGUGCGCCGUUUUAAUAUCGCAGCAGAGUAGCACUCUGCACGACGUGGCUAGGCACAAAUUUAGACAAGCAGCAUUAGAGUCUUCUUAUAGCACGGAACGUGUCAGAUACGCAUACGUAUUCAAAGAUACGCAACCUGAGUUUGUAUCAGCACUAUCGACUGGUGAAGGCAGUCCACUGGAGCCUUUAUUACAUAUCGUCAUUAUAUGGAGACGAGAUGCCAAUCACUUGAAGUACGAGUGGCUUCCUCACGGAUGGGUCGAGGUCGUUCAGGACGAUCGUAUAUGGAAUGAGACGCGUAGACAUUUAGAGAAAACUAUACAAAGGCUGUUACGCGCCACCGAAGCUUUACCGUACGCUGCUGUCGUAGGAGAAUUGGCAGAUGAACACGCACAGGGUACUGUAGACAGAUUGAUAGGAAGGGCAUUAUUAGCAGUAGAUUAUAUAUCCGAUAAUCUGACGAAAGAGCAAAUUUUGCCUUUGAUAUCGGUACUAGUGACCCUCAUGCUAAUAGGAGUUGCAGGGUAUGGAAUGUCGUAUCUAGUUAAAUUAGAAGAAGCAAGUGUCCAGGCUAAACGUGCCCAGUGCAAGGGCAAGCCGCUUCCACCACAGCCGCAACUACGAUUGCACGAAUUACGCGCGCAGACAUACAACGGAUUAAUUCGACUUUUAAAACCAGGAUGUCGAACCAUCAUUCUGCUGGUUGACGCCCAAACCCGAUUAAAGUUAUUACCAGCUUUUCAUAAAGCUGUGUGGCCUUAUAGAAAGAAUAAGACGCUUAUGUUCGCACAUAUGUCAUUAGAAAGGGGUCUCGAUUGGUACAAAGAAAUAUUAUCUCUCGCUUUACACGAGGAAAUGGAAUUAAAUAUAAAUGCCAAGAACUGCGUCGGCACGGUUCUGUCAUUAAACGGACACCGAAAGUAUUUCUGCAUGUACCAUGCCAAACAUCCAGAAUGUGCUAAGGGUAAAGGUUCUAAGCGUAUAGAAAAGAUGACCAGACAACUUACCCGAAGACCUGAGGAUCCGGAAGCAGGCGCUUUUAUCGGUUUUGAUAGUUCCAACGAAUCCGAUCUAUCUCAAGACGAGGGCGGAAGUAACAUUUUAUAUCAGGACAACCUUUUAGAUGGAUUACCGAUGUGGCUCGAUAGAUUGUUCGAAGGAUUAACGCACCGUUAUUAUAUAAAUUAUUGGCCCGAGUUCACUGCCAAGUAAAAAUAAGAGGAGAAAUAAGUUUUUUCUAGACGUAUAGAGGAGACUAUUACGCCUAGGGACAUAUAUCUUGGAACAUGCUGUUUAUCUUCCUGACGUUAAAGUCGUUAAGUUUGGCUGCUUGAUGACAUUGCUUCGGUCGCUACUUGUUUACAAUCUAAGUACAUGUCCUGUACAAUCAUUUAAUUUUCGUCCAGAAACAAUCAUUAUUGGGCUAUUUCGUUAUCAUAAUGCAGAACGAAAACAGAGAAAACCCAAGCUGCAUUGAAUUAGAUAAAUACGAGCUAGCAAUUUCAAAUAUUUUAUGCUUUAAAUACAAUACAAUUGGUGCUGCAACAGCCUUCGGACUUAAUAUGCAUUAUCUAUCUAUUUUCACUCAAACAGUCCGUAAUAAAGGGAAGUUAAUUAAAGGCGAAGAUAAAAUUUUGUUAUUUGUCGAUGAGCUAGCAUUUUUAUUAUAUAUAAAAAUGUGCCCUCAAGUGCACUGUGUUUGCUUGGAAUGCUUUAAAGAAUAUUUGCCACUUUUACUUUAUAAAUUCGUUAAAUACAAUGAUUUAAUUUAUCCACACAUUUGGAAUAUAUAUCGAAAGGCGGAUGAAUCUACAACAAAGCAAUUUUUAGAAAGACACAAGAAUCAUAUUUCAAGUUUAUUGUCGACAAAUUGUUCGAGAUUAUCCCCGUUUUUCGUAUUUAAAAAAUCGCUUUCGCUUGAUGGAGAUAAUUAUUACAGCCACUCGUGAAGUAGAUUAGCAGCUAAGAAAUUUUAGACAUACAUAAUUGCGCAAUGCAAUUUUGCACAAUUGUGUACGUCUAAAAUUUCACGCUCACACAAGAAUUCCAAGAAGUAAACAUCUCUUGAAUAUAAUUGAUUUAAUUGAAGCAAACAUUCGUCAUUUUUUAGGAUGACCCUAGAGACAUGAAUUUUGAGUGAAGAUAGAUCGAUAAAGAAGAAAAUUAAAACGCGUUCUUUUCAAAAAUUGUAAAUUUUUAAAUAAUCAAAAAAGUAUAUCAAAAAGAAUUACUGGGUAUCACAGUCUCCUUUAUACUUCAGCAAAAGUGAUCAAGAACAAGGUUCGCCUAGUCAACGGAAUAUUAUUGCCAUCGGGAUAUACUGUGAUUCGAAUGGACACAGACGCAACCCUGUAUAAAGACAAAACAUAUUCAUUACUUAUGCUAAGUACCAUUUAUAAACAUAUUUACAGUUUCCCGCAUUUUAACGUUUUUAGAUUGGUCUUUAAGUAUUGUUAAAGAAAGUACAUUAUAAAAAGUUACAUAGCAGAUAGAAAAAGAGAGAAAGAUCACCGAACGAUGGAUCGAUUCUCUGGAUAUAGAUCAAGUUUUCUAUAUAUACUACUACUACUACUUCCUCCGUUCCUAUAUAACUCGGGAAUACUCUUUCCUCAAAAUUGCUUGUAUCUAGUCAACACGUUACCAAAAAUUUAGCAGUAUUGCACAGUACAAGCAGAUAGAUCAUUUGUAUUUCCUCAGAUAUGACUGCGAAAUCGCGAUCAAUUGCGAUUCUCGUUGCGUUUGACUAUGUUAACUACUAAUAAUAUUGUGACGAUCGCUAUUUUUAAUCGUAAAAGAAUUAUAAGUCUGUAUUGAUAUGUUUAUGUAUCUAAUUCGUAUCUCUGUCGCUUGUUCGCCCUAUGUUUAUCAGUAUCGCCAGUGUAUGAGGAUAUUUCUCGAAUUCGAAUGUCAGUAGCACAUGUCUACUUACAAAAUUUGUACUUUAUCGCUAUAGUUACCGUAAAAUCGAUAUUCAUAAGCGCGAACCCAAAUGUUAGCAUGAUAAAGGUGUUAUAUUUAUAAAACAAAUAAUUGCCCUUAUCAAGAUUUAUAUACGUCCAUUACUUUAUUUCUAAUUACUUUACUUUUGUAUCCAUCUCUUGUUAGUUGUAUACUAAUUAAAUACUUAAAUAAUACAUAUAUAUGUCUAUUAUUUAAAUAAUAUACAUAUAUCUACGUAUGUUGUUUAAAUAUUACAUUUAUCCAGCCAAAGUAUUUAGUAUUAGUAAACUUCAAAACGUUUACCUCUCUCGGAUAUGUAAUGGUUUUUUCGUAAAGCGACAGAUAUAGGUACUUCAUAUUGUUAUACAUAUACAUUUCCUUAUUGCACGAAGAAAAUUGUUUAUAUACGAUAUUUCUGUAUUAUUAGAAUCUAUCAAACAUGUAUUAUAGCGACAGGAGAUACAUCGUAAUAUUGAAACUGCAAAUUAUGUGCGCUCAAUUGUUUAUACUUUAUAUCCUUAUAUGAAGAUUAAAGUUAACGAAACAGACGCAUGGAGUUAAUAUUUCUACCCUAAUAACGUUAACUUGUUAGUACUUUGACUUUCAUCCAAUUACAUGAAUAUUAUCGCGUUCAAAUAGAUUUUAAUAGCAUUUUUAUAAAUACAGCGAUAUAUUCGUAUCAAUUUUGCGGUAACUAUAAAGUGCUUUAAGUUAUUACUCGUUUGUCGUAAAUAUUAUGUGAUAUAGGCAAUAUUCGAACUAAUUUUGCGAGAUGUGCACUAUGAUAUGUACCCAUUUGUUAUGUUUCUCGCAAAAACCUUUCGAUUGUAAAAAAAAUGAUAUAUUUAGGAAUGUUUGUUAAUAAAGCGUGUAGUUUAUUGUA